AUGAGCCCUCCCAGGCGCGCGCCAACGGGCCGCCGGGGAACGCCCCCUGCCCGGCUGAUCCGGGGCGCGCCCGGCCUCUGCUGGACCCGCGCGGGAGGCCUGCUGCCCGAUCGUUGGCGGGCUAGGCCAGACACGCCCGCCCGCUCUUCCCCGCGCUUCCCGGGCCGCCAGAGCUUCCUGCAGGGCCCCGGCUGCACACCCCGGGUCGCGCAUCGGGCCCCGGGCGCGGCGGCCGCCCUUGGGCGGGCAUGCCCGCUCAACCAUCGGCGCGGAGCACUGGAUGCCGAGAAAUAG